UCUGGAGUUGCGUCCCUAGUUAGACCGAUUCAUACCAGUGACUAGUACGUUGCUGAAAGCAUGGCUUGCCGGAGAGAUACGUGCUUGCUCCUAAUACUGCUCUCUUUCGCCACUUAUUAUGUGAGAGCCAGAGUAGACAUUUCCAUGGACGAGACGGUGUCUGUGUACAGUGGAGACCCGGCCAGGCUACACUGCCAGUACUCCUUCUCUGAGGAGCCGCGGAUGAUGAUGGUGCAGUGGUUUGUUAAAUACCUUGACGGCAGCCGGCAGAGGAUCUCCUACCGCGACCUGACCAUGGAGAAGGUGGACGAGGGCACGGACUUCACCGACCGCAUCACGGUGGCGGGCAGCAACAACAGCGAGACCCUGACCAUCCACAGCGCCAGGCUGGCGGACGAGAGGGAGUUCUUCUGCCAGGUCAACGGCAUGGCGGCGGGCAACGGGGAGAGGAAGACCCACAUCAUGGUGUUCGAUCCUCCAGAGGGACCAAUAAUCGAAGGAGUCCCUUCAGGGAUAUCUGUGGGCCACCUAUCCAAGGUGGCAUCUUGCGAGGCCAGGAAAGGAUACCCCAAACCAAACAUCACGUGGUACCGCGACGAAACCCCCCUUAUCCCGACAAACGGAGAAAUCAAUGUGGUGACCCUGGUGACCCGCGAGGCCAGCGGUUACUACACGGUGCAGAGUGACCUUCAGUACAAGGUCAGCAAGGAGGACAAGGACACGCUCUUCUCCUGCAAGGUCAGCUACUUCGUGCCUGGAGGAGUGCGGACCGCGCCAUCGCCAGCCGUCAACAUCACUGUGCACUAUCCCACGACGACCAUCGAGCUGUGGAGAGAAGUGCCUAAAGGCCUGGUCAAAGAGGGGGACACUGUGGAGCUCCGUUGCCAGGGAGACGGCAACCCCCCACCACCCUUCACUUUCAACCGAGAACAACAACCCGAGGUCGAGCUGGAGUCGUCGAACGCUGAGCUGGUCCUGCGUGAGGUGACGAGGAGGGACAGCGGCGUGUACCAGUGCCGCACGCUAGACCUGGACACAGAGGAGGACGUGGUGGGCAACAUGCGCCUCACUGUGCACUAUCUGGACCCGGCGGUGGUGGUGCCGAAAGACACAGAGGUCAUGUCCAAAGGCGAGAGUCUGACAGCGACCUGCAACGCUCUGUCAUCCCUCAACACCUCCACGGUCUGGCUUAAGGAUGACAUAGAGAUUGGCCGUGGACACACUUUGUACCUGGAUGACGCGACCUUUGACACGGCGGGAGAGUACUUCUGUAAGGUGUCCGUGCCCUCGGUACCAGGACUUCAGACCACGGGCUCUGUGCACAUCGUUGUUCAAGGUGCCCCUGAGAUGAAGGACGGUGUGACUGAUGUGGACAUGGAAGAGAGAUCAGGGAAAUGGGUUAACCUGACCUGUGAAGCACGCGGAUACCCACGGCCCAUCAUUGGCUGGAGUAUUGAUGGUACCCAGAACUGGCGGGAGGUGGUGAACAGAGUGACGGAGGACACGGUGCAGAGCGUGGUGACCGUGAAGGUUUCCUCAGACACCACGGCCGCCUGCAAUGCCACAAACGACAUGGGCGUGGAGACCAAGAUGCACAGCAUCAAAUCCAUCUCAAUGGUGACUCCACCGGCCAAAUUCCAAGCAGAAGGCAGUGGCAUCAUCAUCGUGAUCAUCAUCACCUGUAUCCUUCUCUUGGCCAUCCUGGGCAGUGUCAUCUACUUCCUCUACAAGAAGGGAAAGCUGCCUUGUGGCCGCUCAGGGAAACAAGAGAUCACUAAUGUCUACAGCACCACUGACAAGCCCAGCAAGGAGGACAUAGUGGUGGAGAUGAAGGCCGAGAACAAGACGGAGGAGUCGGUUCUCCUCAAGGGCGUCAACGGAGGAGACAAGAAGCCCACGAACGAUCAGUAAAGUACAUUGACAUGCGCAAAUAGACCUGGAUGCCAGUCAAGUCAAGUGCCAUGAAGAUGCCAGCUGCAGUGCCCCUCUGGGACCUCGCUGGUCCUCCUCCGUCUCACUGGUGCCCUCUGGCACGGGCUUGUGAAGGUCGCACGCUCGCACGAACAACAAUGAAAACGAUCUCCUCUCCUCACACUUCUUGGCUCUGUAAAAAAAAAAUGUCUGUGAUCAGCAGUAUUUCCGAUUGAACACACUGGACCAAUUUGGACUCUCUUCAAUGAAAGCAAAAGGGAUAUGAAUGAAAAACGCAAAACAGGCAAUAGCAACAAAGAAAACGUUUCAUCCCUAAAAUAUUUUUGCUAUCUUUUGUCUGCCAACGUUGAAAGACAGUGAAUCACAAUUAUGCGUUCUUUAUAAAGUGUACAUAUUAUAUAUAUUUAGUUAUUUAAAAAUAUUUUGACAUAAGCCUUCCCGCAAUGAGAAACACAGUUUAUGGAAGCAAAUAAAAAAACAACAGUGCACUCGUGUAGUCUAGUACAUUUCAAACGUUUUAGCUAAUUGGAAGGUGCCAAAUACUAGGUCUUUUUCACUCUGGAGUCUCCCAGUUUUGUACAUGUAAUAGUGAUGUUACUUCAGGUGCCAGUCGUACUCUAGAAAUAACUGCCAAAGGACCAAACAGUCCUGCUCCACCUCGACCGUCUCUAGCUUGUUGUGUUUCUAUAUCGUGUCUACUUGACAGACUGAAACGGUGGCCAUACACCCACAGACCUCUCUGACACAUGCCAAAAGAUUGUAAAGAAAAAAUGUGGAAUAAGGUUUGAAAAAGAAAACAACACAACAGGUUAUGUGUACGCCUAGUAUAAUGUCUUGCCACUGUACCCGUAGUUUUCAACUCCACUGGUUUAUCGAAACUAUUUUUGUAUUGUUUUUUUUUCAAUAUGUAUUAUGUUUCUGUUUGUAUUGCUGAGGGUGGGUGUAAGUACAGUGAUGACUUUCGUUUCUUUUCCAAGACACAAAAAGCCCUAAAUCAUUCAUUUGCAGUGAUCACACAGUUAUAUGUUAAGCAUGAUCUCUCUCUACGUAAAUACAAAUGUAUUGUACAUUAAUCUUCUUUUCCAUUACUGAAAUGUUACUGUUGAUCAGUGGUCUACGAGUAUGUACUGUGAUGUAGCUCACAACAGCCAGCAACACAAAGAAGAGCCAAGAGCUAUCUCUUGACUGUACUAACAUGUUCGACCGCAACCGUAUAGGGACCACAUCUCUCCACCACACCAACGAAUACUUGCCAAAUCCUACUCCUGUUUUGGGUUGCCAAAAAAAGAGCUGGCACUGCAUUACAUUUUUUUCUCUUUUUUUGUUGUUGUCUGUGAUUAUUUUGUAAAAGAUUAAAUUGAACAGUACAAUUGUACCAUAAAGGGGAAAUCUGGAUGUGUUUGCCCUCCACAAACUACUGCUAGUCUGUUGUAUCGUUUGUAAAUAGUAGCAAGAAAAACCUGUAGCUGUUCUGUUCGACUGCAAUGGGGGAGAGGCUUUUGUUUUUCCUGUUGCAUGAACUACAGUGCCUGUGGACACAUGUCUUUUUUAUUUUAAAUGUUUGUUACACUGAAACGUUUGUGUGCUUUUCUGGCUUUGUGUGUGUGUGUGUGUGUGUGUGUGUGUGUGUGUGUGUGUGUGUGUGUGUGUGUGUGUGUGUGUGUGUGUGUGUGCGUGUGUGUGAGAGAGAGAGUGAAACAAAGAACUAGAGUUUGAGACAGAACCUGUGUGUGUGUGUGUGUGUGUGUGUGUGUGUGUGUGUGUGUGUGUGUGUGUGUGUGUGUGUGUGUGUGUGUGUGUGUGUGUGUGUGUGAGAGUCUUAGAUUGGUGAAGGGAUGUGAAAUGGGUACCGUCCUUCUUUUAAGCCGUGCAAACUUUUUGAGAGCCUGUUCAAAUAUACAUCACUGAUGAGCAGGUGAAUUUUUUUCUGCGUGAGCCAGCAUUUCAAUUUCUUUCGAAACCUUUGUGAGGCUGGUACUUUGUGUAUAUAGACCGAAUUACCUUCUUGAGUUGUAGGACUUUUAAUCACAGUCGAUUCUUACUGUAGCUUCAUGCAGAGUUGAUCUUUGCAACUGGGUGGUUAGUUUCUCAUUAUGCUAUUCUCCAGCUAUGUAGACUGCAUUAUGGUUAACAGCUACACAAACAAAAUGGGAGUACAAUAUUAAUGCCGGCUUGCGUUUUAAUCAUAAUUGAAUUAAAGAAAAAAGUUUUCAGUAUCACAACAAUGACCACAUGUUCACCGAGUUGUUCUAUUUUUGUGCAAGUCAAAAAACGUUUUGCAAUUACCUCAAGCUCCACAGACUUGUUGUUCUUUGUCAGAUAAUCUUUUUCAUGUGUCUGGAGAUUCUGAGGUUCAGCUGAAAUGUGACUGAAAAAAAAAGACAAUAAAUGGGCAGCCGUGAAUCACCAUCAGAAAACCACUUUGAUUUACACACAUAGGGAACCAUACCCUCAUGGCCAGUGCAAAAGAGGAAUCCAGUAAAAACCCACUGAGUCUAAGCAAAACCCGCUCCCCCGAAAAUUGUCUGUUGAAGUUUUAGGUCUCAGGAAGUGUGUAUUACAGCUGGAAACAAUCCCACAGGAUUGCGUGUAUAAGGGCUUGGAUAUCCAUUCCCGCAAAGUGACUGAUGUUGCUCUUUUUUUAUUAGAAUUAUUUUCUUUGAACGGUUUAGAGACCCCCCCUUCAUCAUCAUUGUAGAAAUGUUUGCGCUUUGCUAUCUGUAUUUUAUAAUGUUCUGGUGUGUGUAAAUUACGUACUUGUGAUUUGAGGCUUGCUUUUAUAUAAUUUCUUCUCUUUUUUUGCAAAAAAACAAUGCCAAAUAAAAAAAACAUGUUACAUAUA